UGUUUUUCUGUUUCAGUUGGAUUCAUAGGCUUGUUUUUCUGUUUUUGAGUCAUGGAAUCGGAGAAGAGAAGGUCGUUUGUGGGUGAGAUUUCUUGGGAAACAAGUGAGGCUACUUUGAGAGAACACUUCAGCAAGUAUGGAGAGGUGGAGGAUACUUUGCUUAUCACGCGUACUGGUCAUGGAAGAGGGUUUGGCAUUGUGAGCUUCAAAGACCCGGAUAUGGCUAAUCAAGCACUUCAAGAUCAACAUGUUAUUCUUGAUAGAAAGGUAGAUGUGAAACCAGCAAAACCUAGAGGUAAUGAGAGGAACCAAAAUCAGACUAUCCACUCUGAAGAGCACAGUAAUGGAACUAGUACUAGUAAUAAGAAGAUUUUUGUAGGAGGUCUUCCACUUAAUGAGGAAGAUUUCAAGAAUUACUUUGGGAGUUUUGGCACGAUUAUUGAUGCUGUGGUGAUACAUGACAAAGAAACCCACAGACCAAGGGGCUUUGGAUUUGUUACUUUUGAUUCAGAGGAUGUUGUGAAUAAUCUAUUGCAGAAAAGUUUAUAUGAACUGAAAAAUAAGCUUGUGGAGAUUAAUGUAAAGCCAGAGACUUAGUUCAAGGCAGAGUCUACACGACCUGUAGCUUAGCUAUGAAACUAUGAAACUACAUGUAGUAUAAGUUUGUUACAGUUUAGAGUCCAAGUGUCAGCAUCCUAUGCUUUUGUCCACAUGUCAGCAUCUGAGCUAUGUUAGUUAAGGUAUUCCACAUUAUAUGGAAGU